AUGUUCGCAAAGGCAGCGGCGGCGGCGGCGGCGGCGGCGGCGGCGGCGCUGACUGCUCUGUUACCGGGUAACGCGAUGCCCGGCACUGCACCCGCUUGGUCCACGUCAAAGCGGACCCUCCUGGCACGCAGGGGGGAGCCAUCCUCGCCUCCCAUGACACCCAAGCCUAGCGGCUAUCGUGCGGCGCGUGGCUGGCUGGCACCCGCCAUGGCCCCGCAGGCUGCCCAGCUGCAGCUGCUGGACUUGUCGGCAGACCUGCUGUACCGCAUCUUCUGCCAGCUGCCCUUCACCGAGCGCCUGCAGCUGUCGCAUGUGUCCCGCAAGUGCCGCCAGCUGUGCGCGGCGCCCAGCGAGCUGUGGCGCCGCGUGGACGCGCAGCCGGCGGCGGUGGAGGGGCUGUUGGGGGCCAACGAGGAUGCCUUCAACCCAGUCCAGCAGGCCCUAGCGGGCGUCUCCCAGUUUGCAGAUUGGCUGGCCCCGCGGGCGCCUGCGGUGGAGGAGCUGCGCUUCCAGUUCCGCCCCGCCGCGCUGCCGCCGGUGCCGGUGCCGCUGCCGCACAUGCUGCUGCCGGUGCUGCGGUGCGAGGCGCUGCCGCUGCUGCGCCUGCUGUCCAUCGACUGGGGCUCGGCAGCCACCUUCACCAUCUACGGCGCUGCGGGAGGCCCCGCGCUGCCGGCCCUGGCCAGCCUCGAGUUUUACGGCGGCACCCACCUCAUGGUGCCGCCCACGGAGAGUCAGGCCGCCGCCACCGCCGCCCUGCCGCGGCUGGAGGCCUUUGGCCUCUUUGACAGCCUCCUCUCGGGCUCCUUCCACUCCCCCUGGCUGCCCCCCACCCUCACCAAGCUCUGCCUCCUGACGGCGGACCGAAACGGCUCCCUCGGUGCCGCCAGCUUCAGUGUGCUGACCCACCUGUCGCGGCUGGAGGACCUGAACCUGAGCGAGAACUACCUCAGCACCUUCCCACACCAGGUGUCCGUGCUCACCAACCUGCGCAUCCUGUACCUGCACCGCUGCUUUGCGGCGGAGAGCGCGCUGCGCCCGGCGUGCUGGGCCGCGCUGCGCCCGCUCACCCGCCUCGCCUUCCUCUCCAUCUCCGGCAACAAGCUCGCCGAGCUGCCUGCUGUGGUCGGGGAAAUGACGCAGCUGCAGGCGCUGCACCUGGAGGAGAAUGAGUUCCGGGACUUGUCGGUGGCGCCCGUGUGCGCCAACCUGCGCGAGCUGCUUCUGGACUGGAAGAACGCCAUGCUGUCGCCGCACACGCUGAGCGCCUGCACCCAGCUGUCCCGCCUCAUCCUGUGCGACCACUGCGUGACGGUGGCGGCGCCGCCGCAGCACACCGUGCGCGUGCCGCCGGCGGCGGCGGCGGCCGACGCGCUGGCGGACGCGCUGUCGUCGAUGCCGGCGCUGCGGCUGGUGCAGGAUGUGCUGCCCCCGCAGGAGUACCUGAUCGUCACCGCCCCCGUGGCGCGCGCCAUGUGGCUGCUGCCCAGGCGCUGCCCGCACCUGCGGGUCGAGCUCCUGGAAGGAACGUACGUCGGUUGGACGCUGGCUGACCUGGAGCGGCACGAGCAGCCAGCUGGCCACGUGGACGACACCGACAGCUGGCCGUGA